GGUAUGAGAAUACGUGAAGAGGAAUAAAGGUUGAGUACUAAUUCGCUUACCUGUACGAGGUUGCCACUCGAGGACCUUUCUUCCUAUUUUUUAUCUGUUUUCCAAGUUAUAUAGCCAGCCCAUUGCCAUUUCACUGUAAUAUUCCGUUGGGCUAUGUCAGUUACUCUGGUUCUAAUGCAAAUAUCUUCAUUUCUAACUUUAUCACGUAGAGAAACCCCUCUCCAAUUUAAAAUUUUUACAUUUUUUAGAUGAUAGUUUGUCUAACAUAUAAGAAAAAACCAUAAACCCAAGAAUGUCUUUAUAUAGUUAUUUAUACUUAGGUAAGCACCAUUCUUUUAUUUAUUUAAAUUGUUUGAUUUAAUUUGAUAACAGUGUACCUAAAUGUAAGUAUCGGUAUCUUUAUUUCCCUCCCCAAUAAUAUUUUAUAAAGUCAUACUCAUAAAAACAGCGUUUUAUUGUAAUACAUAAUUAUAAAAUUCAGUAUCAACUAAUUAAUAAAAAUAUGCAAAAAUAAAAGUACAUAGGUAUUAAAAACUAUCGAAAUCUAAGUAACGAGACCAUGUUCGUCGUUCCACAUCUAAAUUAUAUAAAAAUGCAUUUUUCAAUUUCACUAAUCAACGUCGCCUCGAAAAUUUCUUCUUCUUUGGGCACUUUAAAAAUUCAUUUAUUUAGAAAAUAAUAUUUACAGUAACCAGUGUACAGAUAUUAACUAAAUUAAGUAUUUCUAGUCAUAAAAAUAUUUAUAAUUGAGUAUAAACUUUUAAAAAACUAAUAUAUAUUUGAACGAAGUCGCUCCAACACCGACGUACGGUCCACCCUCGACGAUGUCCGAAAACGGACUGUGACAGAGCUUACAUGGCGACGGAGCAUGCGCGCUCACGUAAAUAUAUUCAAUUUCAGGGAAAAAUGAUAUAUUCUCUUAUAAAACGGGUAAUAAAAAUAAAACUCUCAAUUAAAAAUAUUAAUAUUUUUAAGACCUUUUUUUUAGUGUAAGAACUAUUUAAAAAGCUUGUGCCGUUUUGGAGAAAUUUUGCAAAAUAUGACAAAGAUAUGUACUCUUUGGGGAUUUUUUUUCUAAUAAGGGGUUGACAAAAAUACAAUUUUGUUAAAUUAAAAACAUUUACCAAAUCCUCUUCUGUUACCCUGUAUUUUUUCUUUGUGGAUUAAAUGAACAGUUAUUGAGAUUUUUUUAUUUAAAUAUCCAAGAUUUAGGCAUUUCAACGACUGUUAAGGCCUUAAAAGGAAAACUAUCACAGCUACGUAGAAUCACUAAGUUAACGAAUAAUAGUUGACCAACUUAUAAAAUACACUUGGAUUAGUAAAAAUUUCGUUACAUUUUCAUAGAAAAGACCUAAGACUAGCUGCAUUAAUAACUUUUUAAUGUUAUUGUAAGCUGUUAAAAAUAAACAUUUUAUGAAGAAAACGGCUCAUAUGCAUUACUACUAUUAGUUAUGGCGAAUGCGCUUAAAAAAAUAGUAUAUCAUUUUCAUUCCAUAAAAAAUAAACAAUUGUACGUUUUGAAAAUAUUGCUAUUAAAUUGUAUAAGGCGUUUCGAAUAAAGAGAAUCUAUGUUAAAAGUAAAUAGAUUCAAUAUAAUGUCGAACGAAAGUUUCGGGUUCGAUUCCCCCGAACGAUUUUGAGAUUAAUUUAGUCACUUGUUACAUAAUAAUCAGUUAUGCAAUACGAAUAAGGCGUUUAAACCAAACUUAUUUGAACCUAAAGACAAUUUAUAGCAGUGAUAAUUGAGAAUUCAUUUGAGAUUCUAUGGUGUGUAAAAUCUUCAAUACAGUAACCUUGAGAGCAAUUCAUAUUGCCUUAUUUUUAAAUAAAAAUAGGUCAACCCGAAAGUAAUCGCUGCCACAAGCUCGUCGUCCGUCAUGUUUGCCUAUCCGGAAUAUACUAGCCAACGUUCGCCAAGCGUGUGGAUGCCGUGUUUGUGUUGGGUGAAUGUGGUCGGUGUUUGUUCGUGUAUGGUGUAUGUGGCAAGCACCAAGCGUGUGUAGGCGCCAUUAGAUAUGUACUUAUCUUUUUUUACAUUUGAAAAUCAUAACGUGUGUUAAUGAGACAGAUAUAUUUUUGUUGGCAAGGUUCAUGUUUGCAUGAUAUUUGUAUAACCAAAAAAUAUAUAUGCAAUUUACUGCUUAUCCUCUAUUUUUCUUAUAUCAAUGGUAAUAUCACUCAGCGCUCAGUGACAAUGACAAAACAAAACAAACAAAAACAAUAUGGCCAUGCUUAGAAGGCUCCGUAGUCCGUAGGAGUAAUUGUGUUCUGUGCUUAGAAGGGAUGUUGAGAGCAUGAAGUUAUAGAUAAAGAUGGAGGCCAUACUUGGAACAACAGCUUGAGUCAAAUACCUACGUAUCUUUAUCUCAUUCUCUGUGGUCUGACUUCUCUUUUUAGUGUGGAAUACAGUAUUGCUAUGUUUUUAUUUAAAUCUCCUGGUAAAUUCUUAGAAAUAAUUUCCACAAUAACCAAAUCAGAAGUUAAGCUCUGAAAAAUAUUGUUCCAAUAAAUAAAUAGUUUAACUACGAUUAGUUACAUUAAAUAUUCCAAAAUUGAAGGUCUCGUAUGCAUUAUUGGGUUAACAAAUCAGUGAAUUACAAUCCCAUUUCCUAAGGGUUCGGUAAUGUGGCAACAUUAGCCCUAUAUGUCGACAUAAAUUAGACAAAUAUGGCGGUUGUUUACUUAGCAGUUCACAGCGUCGUUUGAGAUAUUUAAAGAUAAUUAUUGUUAUAAUUCAAGAAAUGGUGCAAACUAGUGUAGUACGUGGUUGCGGCAUUAGUUGGUGUCCAGGAAGUGAUAAUAGGUGAUUCAAGUAGAGAUACUUUUUUCAAUAGCCUUUCUUUGACAGGUCACGUGUGAGUCGUGUCAUGCUGUCAUUUUAUUUUUGUUUAGUAUUGUUUGGCAUUUUAUAAUGGAAAGACUUACGCCUGAACAACGUUUACAAAUCGUUCAACUUUAUAACGAAAAUUCACGUUCCGUGAGGAAUGUGUUUCGUGCACUUCGCUCAACAUAUGGUCAACAUAAUCGGCCUACUGAGCGUACUAUUCGCAACACCAUCACCCAUUUUGAGACCCAGCAUUCAUUAUUGGAUAAUAUUCGACCGAAUAGACCACGUCCAGCACGCUGUGAAGAAAAUAUAGCGGCCGUAGCUGAGAGUGUACACAAAGACCGUGGAGAGUCGAUUCGGCGCCGUUCGCAGCAACUCAGACUGACGUAUGGAACGACUUGGCGCAUUUUACGUCGAGUUCUUAAAUUGAAAGCGUACAAAUUACAGCUUGUGCAACAACUGAAGCCGCUCGACGUUCCCAAGCGACAUCGCUUCGCUCUAUGGGCUCUUGAAAAGUACCAAGUAGAUCCGACGUUUUCGAGGCAAAUUUUGUUUAGUUGCGAGGCCCAUUUCUGGCUCAAUGGUUAUGUAAACAAACAAAAUUGCGGCAUUUGGGACGAAGAACAACCUGAACAGAUUCAAGAACUGCCACUUCAUCCAGAAAAAACAACAGUUUGGUGUGGUUUGUGGGCCGGUGGAAUCAUCGGUCCAUAUUUCUUUAAAAAUGAUGCCGGUGCGAACGUAACCGUCAAUGGCGACCGUUAUCGUGCUAUGAUAACCGACUAUGUGAUGCCUGAAAUUGAAGCUCGUGAUCUCGGCGCCAUUUGGUUUCAACAAGACGGCGCCACUUCCCACACAUCGCAUCAAUCAAUGGAUUUAUUGAGAGAACAUUUCGGUGAGCACAUAAUUUCACGUUUUGGGCCGGUCGAUUGGCCACCAAGAUCGUGUGAUAUCACACCGUUAGACUUUUUCCUGUGGGGAUAUGUAAAGUCUAAAGUUUAUGCGGACAAACCCGCUUCGAUUCAGGCCUUGGAGGAAAACAUCACGCGUGUCAUUCGCCAGUUACCAGUCGAAAUGCUCGAACGAGUCAUCGAAAAUUGGACUCAACGGAUUGACCAUCUGCGACGUAGCAACGGCCAACAUUUGAUAGACAUAAUCUUCAAAAACUAAAUGCCGAAGAAUGUUCUUUCAAAUGAUAAUAAACAUUCUCCAUUAAAUUUGAAUUUUCUGUGUUUUUUUCUUUAAAAAAGUAGGGAACCUCGAAAUGGAUCACACCUUAUAAGAUUUCACACGUAAGUGUUUAAAUAGUGACUUCUGGCAUUGAAUACUUGUAAACAUACUUUUUUGUAUAUUCACUAAAUUUUUUGCUGAAACGUUUUAUCAGUGUUAUAAACAUAUUAGUAAAUCAUAACUUUGUCAAAAUCAAAUAGAUUUGCAUUGAAUUUAAUUGACUUUGAAUAAUUUUAUUGUUUUUGUUUAAAAGAAAUCGCACUGAAGUAGUGUGACCAUAUUGACGAUGUAUCUGAGACUUUCCGUGUGACCUUAACUAAUUAUAUGUACAUGUUUCUUAUUAUGUUACCGGAAAUGCAUGAAAUUUAGGAAUUAUGUACAAUUCCUAUGUAUUCUAUAUAAUGACGGAUUUCAUAGAUUUUAUAAUAUUAAUUUAAAAAUUAGUAACACAGUAUAUUCUUUUGGCAGACAAUUUAUUUUUACUUAGUUUUUGUUUCUCAUUAUUCUGAUACUUUAAUAACGUUUACAAUAAUUACGAAUAUUUUUUUUAGAUUUCCUAAAACAGUACUCGGAGAAAUUUGUUGUUAUCCAUUGUACCAUUGAAAAUGAAGUAUUAUGAAAGUGCAAGGAUUUGCAAUUUGCAUUUUCAAGAAUCAGAUUAUGAUUCAACAACAAGGCGCUUAAAACCAACAGCAGUUCCUACUGUUAUAAGAAAUGAAGAAACAGUAUCACCAGGCAAGACAACAAGUGAAUGACAUGAAGAGUAUUGUGCAAAUAGCUUCUCUGGCUGUACCAAGCAGUAGUUCUGAAAUUAAUGAAAGUAGUUCUGCACUUAAGGAAACAGGAGUGAAAUGUACUGGCUGUAAUAUUGAAGACCAAACUAGUAAAAACAAUGUCGAAAAAUUCUUGAAAAUUUAUGCAAUCUGAACAAGUUACCUGUCAGCAGUGAAUACGACGACGUGCAAGUGAAAAUAAAGUGUACAAAAGAAGAAAUACUUGAGACCUAAACUAAGAUUCUUAAGCAAAAAUUUGCGUGCCAAACUAAAAAAAUUCAGGAUAGGUCUUCUUUAACGGCAACUAUUAAAAAGUAUACGGGUCAGUCAGACUUCAAAAAAGCCACAGAGUUAUCCACAUGAUGUGUAAAAUUUCAAUAAAUAAUUUUAAUAUG